AUGUCGAUUGAAGAUAGGAGCUGGAUGCGCAUGGCGAAGUAUACUGCUGAAUGGCAAAAAGGAUUUAAGGACUUCAUUCAGAAUACCUUUGGAGGCACAUCUAAAGAAGGAACUGCUCCAUGUUCUUGUGCUCAUUGCCGUUGCAUGUCCUACAGAAAUAAAAAAGAUGUUCAAUGUCAUUUGGUACUUAGAGGGUUCGAUGAAAGUUUCAUCGAAGAAGGUAAUGCUAAAGAUUUAGUUGCAUGUCCUCAGGAGGAUAACCCUGCUGAAGGAGAAUAUGAUGAUGGUGAAACAGGUGAUGCGCCUGCUAGCAAAGAACUGAUUUCUGCACUAAUCAGAGGAGCUAUACAUGGUGAACUCACAGGAAGUGGAGAUGAAGAGCCAAAUGAGAGUGCAAAGAAUUUUUUUAAGUUAUUAACCGAGGCACAAAAGGAACUGUAUCCAGGCUGCAAGGAGGCUACAAAGGUUUCUUUCAUUAUCAGGAUCUAUCAGAUGAAGUGUAUGCAUGGUUUUAGUAACAAUGGAAUACAGUCGAUCCUUGAUCUGUUCGCGUUGUUCCACCCUGAAAUCCCAGACACCUUGGAUAAAGUGCGUAAGGUUGUUCCAGAUCUUGGACUUAACUACCAAAAGAUUCAUGCAUGUGUGAACGAUUGUGUGUUAUUUCAUGGGGAUUAUGCUGACUUGGAUACAUGUCCAACCUGUGGUCAGUCUAGGUGGAAAGGGACCGAUUCUUCUGAAGAUGCUGAGUCCUCUAGCACUUGUGGCGGACAAAAGCAUUUUCCACGUAAGAUCUUGUGGUAUUUCCCACUUACUCCUCGGCUGCAAAGAUUGUUUAUGAGGGAGUCGACAUCAACACUUAUGCGUUGGCAUAAGGAAGGACUGAUGCGUGAUGGGAAAAUGCGUCAGCCUGUGGACUCGUUGGCAUGGAAGCAUUUGGAUGCCCUAGAGGAGGAAUUUGCAUCUCACCCUCAGUACUUAUGGUUGAAAUUUGGGUGCAAGCAUUGCUACCUGGGUCAUCGUCGCUUUUUGCCACAGAACCAUAGAUGGCGCAGGAAUAAAAGUAGCUUCAACAACAAUGUAGAAACAAGGGAGGCUCCGGUGCCGCUCACUGGUGAAGAGGUUCUGCAGCAGUAUGACAGUUUUGAGCAACCAAAAUUUGGGCAAGGCACAAGGAAGAGGAAGCAGUGUGAAGAAGAAACUAGGUGGCACAAUUGGAGAAAGAAGAGUGUAUUCUUCCAACUAUCGUAUUGGGAAAAAUUGCUUAUUAGGCAUAAUUUGGAUGUCAUGCACAUCGAGAAGAACAUUGGUGAGAGCAUAUUGGGGACAUUGCUUGGCAUUGAUGGUAAAUGUAAGGAUGGUGAGAAGGCUCGGCUUGACUUACAGAAUCUUGGGAUCAGGAAGGAUCAACAUCCUAAGGUGGAGAAUGGCAACGUAUUUCAGACCAUUGACUACAGUAAGAAAGGUUGCAAAGUUGAGACUAUUCCUAGUUUAGAGUUGAAGCAGAUGCAACACUACAUAAUAACAAACUGUGAUGAGGCUGCUCCAUGGAUUGAUUUGCAUAAGGAGGAACUCAAAAAGAUUACUACACACGGCGUUGAGAGACGUCACAUGGAUCAAUUUGUUGGUUGGUUUGAACGUAAGAUGAAUGAACUUUAUGAAGAAGGGGGGAUUAGUGAUACACUAUAUGCCCUUUCUCGAGGACCAGAUCCCCAGGUUCAUGUUUUCAACAGGUUUUUUUAUGUGAAAGGUGCAAAGAAAUCAGAGUGGAGCACUGUUGUAAGAAUGAAGCCUAGAAAUUUGUUUUCCAUGCCUGAACCACUAGACACUAAAAAUGAGGGACAACUUGAUAUUGACUCACUGGAGGUGGGAGUGGAAGCCAUGAAUAUUUCAAGCCAGAAUGAAGAUUUGUUAUCUUGGAGGAGGACUGACCUAGAAGGGGUGACUGGAGAUGCAGCCGUCAUUGAAAAUGCGCUACGAGUGCCUGAACCAUGUGAUGAAGACUUAGUUGAUGAAGAUGAUGAUACUGAUGACACCUACGUUGAUGAUGGAUAUGUAGCACCUGUCAACUCUUUAGGCACCAGUCUUGAUGAUGAAUUCUUUGUAUAA